UGCGUUCACACUUUUCUCGCUACCCUAUUGGAAGAGCUUAGAAUUUAGAGGCUUUUCAUACCACUCAUUAGGUCAUUUUACUCUUACAACAUUGAUUAGAAUAAGUCCUGUUUUGGCUCGGCAAUCGAGUCGACUCUUUCAAUAGACUCAAUUGCAGCAAUCGAUUAAUUGAGAGCAGUCGAGUAAUGAUAAGUGAUGUGUAUACUGGUAAUGUGAACCAGUGCAAAAUAAGGUAUCUUUUGUAUGUGGGUAAAAAGAACACCCGAUGUCAUUUUCCUUUUCGAAGAGCACCGGCCAUUGCUUUCCCAGUUUGCAUAUGGAGUAUGGUCUUUCCGUUCUCUAGAGUAUUGUUCUUGGUCUUAUCACCUCUUUUUUGAAUUUAAUAUACGAAAAUGAUUUCAGAAGCCGUUCGGCUUUUGUGUUACUAGUGAAGGGCUUAACCUAUAAUUUUCACACGCCUCAAAAAUUUAGGGUUUUGGUCUGUAAGCUAACCUUCAAGCGAACGAUGACUUAUUUAGCACAACAAGUUCCAGUAUUAGUGUAUAAGCUAUGUUUUCAGCAGUACAAAUGGCCUCGAUUUUUUUCAUCUCGAAAUGUCUUGCAGUUUCGUUCCCUGUUCUUCUUUACUUUAUUGCUAUCGUCAUCAAUACAAAUUCAUCAAGUCAACCAUUAUUCACAAGGGUAAAGAUGUCUUUUCAAUUUAUCAAGUCGAAGCUCACCUGCAAGAGUCCUCCUUCGACAAAGGUUUACAAGAACCAAAAUUUCGACAAAUCCGACGAUACCUGUAAGUAGAAAAAGCCCAAUUGUGGUUCAAGUUUUAAUCACUGUUUGGAUAUAUCAUAUUUCCCGAACCGUCGCCGUACAAUUGUAUACUUCUUUCACACGACUCCAAAAAGUCUAGUCCUCAGACAAGGCUUUUGUUCAAAAGAAAAUUGGUCUUAUAAUUACUUGCUCGAGCACUUAUUCUGGGCAUAGCAGAUCCAUACAUGAACAAUUUCUGAGUCCGCGUGUUUGAUUUCUCUGGAUGGUGAUGCAGCUGGAAACAUAUUUGUAUUGGUGCUCGGUCACACAUCAUGGAUGCAGGUUAACUAAUGAACGAAUACUAUAGUGGUCAAUAUCUGUGAGCGAAACCAGCGAAGAAGGGACCCAAUCUCGGCUCCAAAGAUACGCUGGGCAACAAUUCCUCAAAACGACUACACGAACGCCCAGUGCCGUCUGUGGAUUACUGCUCAACUCCGGGCUUAUUACGUCUUCAUCCCACGAUCCACAGCCAUUUCCAUUGCCAGUGGUUUUGACGGUUCCGGAUUCACAAUGUUCGCAAUGGAAAGAGAGGACUGGGUGGACAUGCUCGGAGUUCAUGGGCACAUCAUAGGAUUCUUGAUUCGAAGAAUCUUGUGGAAUCAGAAGAAAGCCACGAAAGCCGGCUUUUCAUUGGGCGUGAUGAACGAUUUGAGGGGUGAAUACAAGGCAGAAAUUUUUUUGGAGGAAGAUUUAAAUUGGAGUGGCUUGUACCCCAUCAAAUAGAGGUCUUGAGGAUCUUUCAAUCUGGAGUUAUUGAUUGCAAAAUCUUUUGGAUAUGGAGGCAUUUUGAGAUGGAGUUAUUUGGAGAUUGGAUAAUUUUAAUAUAUGGACAUUCUGGGUUGAUACGUCAAUCAGCCGAUUUAUGAGCUUCCUUGCCCUCACAAUUUCUUCGAAAAAAAAAAUCCCCUUCGAUUUGUCCAAUUACAUGUUUCGAUCGAUUCGCCCUCCUCCCAAAAACACACCAUGAUUCUAUAUUAUAAUAA